ACUGUAACAUUUGACACAGCCUUAAGCUUUUGUCCAAUAUCUUCAUCCACAUUGGAGUAAUUAAACACUUCAGUGACAGCUCCAGCUUCCUCACAUGUGCCCAGUUUCACUAUCCAGCAUUGAAAUAGUCAAGCGCGCUGUCUCUUGUGACAGCUCUUGUUUUUAUUUGUAGCUAAGAAAAUUAAAACUGAUGGAAAUUACAAUUUAUGGAUAAACAGAUAUUUUCCAUAAAAGUUAAAUCCUGAAGAAUUUCCCAAGGUGAAAUAUGUCGAUAUUGCUACCGAAGGGAAGAUUUCAACAUUUUGCUGCCUAUAUAUACACAUCAAACUAUGCGAGAUAUGAGAAAAUAAAGAAAUCACUUUUGACAAUUGUAUCCUGCAUUGCAAGUAAAAUAGAUAGCUCACUUACCAUUGCAAUGACAUGACAUGGAUUACGAUUGACAAACGGAGUUCACUCUAUAAAUAGGUUAUUUCCCUUGAGUAAAGAGGUCUCGUAUUCAAACAGCUUUUGAUCAAAACAUUUAUAUAUUGAACUUCGAUCGUAUAAAUAGUAGGAUCUAAAAUUACAUUUCCGAUUAAACGACUUGCGCACCUGAUAAAAAGUUGAAUAUAUUUACACAAUUCGGGGGUUAAUUAAUGUGUGUAUGAAAGUAUACAGAAAGAAAUCAAAAGUUGUGUGUAAUAAAUACGGAAGUUAAAUUCAAUCAACAAAGACAUGUAAAUCUAUUUUCACAUACCAUACAUUCUUCGGAACAAUGAGUGAUAUUCAUUCCAACGAAGCAAUAGAGCGUUUGCGACAAAAGGUGAAAGCGGCGGAUGACUUUCUUCAUGACGUUCUACGUAUGGUAGAAACUGUUAGCACCCAGCAGAAGGAUAUAAACAGCAUGAACAUGAAACUUAAAGAAUCAGUCCAGAAGAUUUCCACGCUUGAGGUGCAGUUGGACAAAUCUGUUUCUGCAAGAACAAUGCAGAGCAAAGAAAUCCAAAUACAACAAGACAAACUAGAGAGGUCAAAAGAGGAAUGCCAGAAGCUGUCAGAUUUAAACCGUGUAGUAAAGGAGAAGGCGAGAGAGUACGAACAAAAGUUAAGAGAUUUGGAAUCGUCCAAAGAUGAAAUAAUGAAAUAUAUGAAAUAUAAGGAUUUGAAAAUUCAGCACCUCGAGAGUGAUGCGGUACAGCAUGAACAUAAGAUAGGAAUGCUUGAAAAUGUUUUGGAAAUUCAGAAAUCUAAAUUGAACGAAUUGCGAAUGGAAUUGGAAAAUAGCCAAAGAAAUAAGAGAGAAAAGCUAAAGCUGUUUGGAAGAAAUGAAGAGGAGAUGCCAAGUUUAUGCAGUACAACUGAACCGAUUCACCCUGAUAGAAAAUUAGAAAAGGAAAACAAAGAGUUAAAGAUUAAUGUGCAAGAAAAGGAAGAGAUGUUGGCAGUGUUAAAGAAACACUUGGAGGAGAAAGAAAACAAAGUUAAAGAACUUGAAGACGAAAUAAUAGAAAUGCAGGAAAGAGCUAACACAACUAUGAAAAAGAAAAGUAAACGCAAAACCACAAAAGACAGCGGGGAGAUAGGUAAAUUAAAACGACAACUAAUGGAAAUUACAACUGAAAAGGAGAUAAUAAAAGGUAAAAUGGAGGACAUGGAAAAUGAUAAAGAUGCUGCUGUUGCCAAAAAAGUGAAAGAGAUAAUGAGCAUGGAGAAAGAGAGAAACGAACUUCUUUGCCGGCAAAGUGAAAGGACAGAUAGGCGUCUCAUUGAACACGAGACUAACAUAGCAGAUCUGAGUGAUUUAAACAGACCAACAAAACUGGCAGAAAAAUACGCCGAGUUAUAUGAUAAUGAAUGGACAGAUGCAUAUUCAUAUCUGGAAACUUUAGAUGCGUAUAAAGGUUCAGAAGUGACAGCGAUAGCUUCAUUAUUGACCAUGCUUACAACAGCAUACAAAAUGUCGUUAGAAACUGCAGAAAGCCAAUUAGAGGCAUUGCAUCAUAUUCUGAGCGAUUUUCAAGGGUCUAUACAUCAAGAUCAACAAGUAAAAGACGUUAUAAUGCAAUUGAAAGAUCAAAGAAAACGAACCGUCCAGCCUAGCAAAGACUUGACAGAGAAAUACCGAAAGGAAAUUGAAAAUCGUUUCCCAAACUUGGGUUCGUCAUCAUUUGAAUCUGACGCAUUGAAACUCUACCUUCAAAAAUGUAUAGAAUUGUGCUGGUUGAUGGCAAUUCAAGACCCUCCGGUUCAUUUAAAAUGUGAAGAUUGCAAAAAAGGUGAUCUGUUUGAUAAAAAUAUGUAUAAAGAGUAUACUCAAUCUGGUCCGUUUAUAGCAUAUACCGUCUGGCCGGCUGUGCUCUUGGAGAAGGACGGCGCUCUCAUUUGUAAAGGAGUUGUGCAAUGCGACAAGCGGCUAUCAAGUUCCCUUUGUGUACCGCAAGGGAAAAUUGUCGUUCCAGUUUCAAAGACAUCAUCUUACGUACAUGUACGUGCGAUUACAAAAUUUCCUACAAAAAACGACAUUAGUGACAAAGUUGACAGGGGAGCGAUCGUCGAACCGGAGAAAGGUCAUUCAGGAAAACGAACCUCACAACCAGCAACAGAUGAUGGCAAUACAGGUGUCCAGAUACAAGAAAGUAAAUCUCGAGGAUACUUUGAAUAUAUAUAUAGAUAAUUUGCGUUAAGGGAUAUAAUUAUAUUCAGAACAGUUGACUUUCCCAUACGUGAGAUCCGCUAGGAUACAAGUUCGCAUUAUAAAUAUAUAUACAUUUUGAAUAUAUAUAUAUAUAUAUCUCUCUCUCUCUCUCUCUCUCUCUCUCUCUCUCUCUCUCUCUCUCAAUGCUUGUAAAUAAACAAAAGUAAUGUAUAUGAUUAAACUGAAUUUAUAAUAGACUGGUUUUAAUUAUCUUAGUAUCAUUUCGAAUCGACAAAUAUAAGUGUGAACAUAAUGAACUGUAGAUGUAGCUUACACUUGCCUGUCACAUUCUUUGUCUGUAAUAUGUGAUUUACAUUGAAGAAUCGUCAAAUAGAAUUGAAAUGAAAUUGGUAGUAAAAAAGGCAGUAAGUGUUCAAUAUUAUCUCCGAUUGAAAUCAAAAUCAAAUUUCAUAUAAAUUAUUCAACAACCAUUCACGAAACCAGCAGAGACAAUUGUUUUAGCGCUGAUCGUGAACUGAAUAACAUAGUUUGUAAGAUUCAUUUUGGAAAUACCGGUAUUGUACU